AAGGUAUUCCAAACAAUUGCGUUUGUCAUGAUAGAAAUGAUUUGUCUUUCCAUUGUUGACAAAUAUUGCAAAUUUAUAGGAAGCUAAGGAUAUCUUGUCAUCGUUAAAACUGGACAUACGUAGAAACUAAUUAGUGAAAUGAUUAUUUUGAUGAAACAUGAAAGGGGUGUGUGAUAUGGAAACUGAUCAAUAGCUCUAGGCAAUUUUAUGCGCCAUAAUAUCGGAACUGCUGGAGUCAGCGACACAAAUUAAAAGACGCUUUAUGAUACUGUCUUUCUUUCAGAAAAUAAAUGAACUGAUGUAAUAUUGCACCUCGACAGAAUGGAAUUACUCGAAUAAGAUAUUUUAAUCAGUCAAAGAUGUUACUCGUGCUGGUCGGCGUUGCUUGCUUUGCUUUGGCCUUUUCUGCAGAAACAACACUUAAUGCGGUUGUUGUUGGGUAUAAAGGCAAAGUAAAUAUUAAUGAAUAUAUUGAGAUUGCUGACAUACUUGGAGGAAAGGAAGAUGGCUUCUGCAAACUUAACUUCACAGCCCUCGAAUAUGACACAACUGAUGGAAAAUCUGUGUACGAAAGUCUCAAACAAGCUAGAGCAACAUUUGAGGACACUCAUAUAGCAGUUGCAAUUGGUCCUCAGAUUGACGUGUUUACUUCAACUGAUUACGUCAUACUACAUCAGACACUUUUUGUGACGUCAUCGGAUGAGCUCAUAACAGAAGCCAACCGAACGAUGCCAAUUUUGCCAGAUCCACAAUCCCUGUCAAAAGGCAUAGCAACUAUAGUGAAGUUUCUGAAGUGGCCAAAAGUUGCCUUUUUAUCACAGGAUGAUUUUUCGCCAGUGCUGGCGCUCGGAGGGAUGGGUAUAUUUGUAUCCCCCAUACGUUUACCAUCAAACCUGUCGUCCAGCCAUGCCGAUAGAAACGGCAAGUUUAAGAACGGUACGAGGAAUGGAAACGGACACAGAGAAUAUGAGAAUCCCCAGCUGCAGCAAACGCUGACCACCCUGAGAGAGUCACAAAUGGACACAUUCAUUCUCCACUCUAUGAAGAAAGAUGUUGUGAAAACAGUUCUGUUAGCGGCGCAAAAGCUUCAUCUUCUUCACCAUUCCAUUAGAUGGCUUAUCACAUAUUUGGAUUUUGAAGACAUAUCUUGGGACAUCAAAGGGAUGGCAAAGAUCUAUGGAUUGCAGCUUCUGAAUCGUGACAAUGAAGACAAUGACAAAUUGAAGCAACUAAAUGAUGUUUUCAAUGGCAACAAGUCAAGACUUGAACAGGGUCUGAUGGGUGACGUAGUUGGUAUAUUACGUCAUUACCUUCAGACGCAUGUGCAAGAUUGUAGUAUAGAACCUGCAACUAAUUCCAGCAUGACGGCUGAAGACUUCAGAAAGGUCUUGAGGAAUGCUGUAACGCCAUACAGUGGAGCACUGGGAGAAUAUAUCUGGCCAAAAGUGAGUCUGCAAGAGACGUCAAACAUAAGAAAAGAUUAUUCCAUUCCUAUUUAUAGGUAUAUCAACAAAGUGGAGAGGUUUGCUCAAGUAACAUUUGGAAAGAAAGAACCAAAAGUAGUCGCAUUUAUGGGUCGGGAAGAGCCGCAUGUUGAGGAUCCAUUCAAGGGUAAAAAGUUUGAUGUCAUUGCUAAACAGGAUGAACCGUUUGUUAUGAAGAACGGUGACACAUACGAAGGGUUUUGUGUAGAUGUCCUUAAAGAACUAUCAAAAAGUCUAAAGUUUGACUAUGAAAUAUUUGAACUAGAAGGUUCAACUUUAAACCAAAAUGGAAAAUCUACUGUAUGGGAUGACGUAAUUACGCAGCUUAAAGUUGGGAAUGCUUCAAUGGCAAUAGGAGCCUUCGCAGUAACCGCAGAACGAGAGGCCAGAAUAUCAUUUUCUUAUACUAUAAUAUCUUCGGCUGUCAGUUUGCUUAUGAAAAGGCCACCAGAUACAACAAAUUACUUUCAGUUUCUAGGGCCUUUUUCUCCGUUGCUAUGGAUGAUGAUCGUUGUAUUCUUCCUCACAGUUGGUCUUGGUCUUUAUUUUAUGGCUAGAUUUGAUUCUACACAGGAAGAGACGACACAGAAAUUUGACCUCAAAGAAAGUAUGUGGUACUCGCUUACUGUCCUACUGCAAGGUUCUGCCGAAUACUCUCCACAGACAACAUCAAUGCGUACUAUUGUUGCGUUCUUCUGGUUCUGCACUCUAGUUAUCAAUGCUGCUUACACGGCCAACCUUGCUGCAUUUCUCACUCUGCAGCAAAUUGAUAACAGAAUAAAAACAGUUGACUCAUUAGCCAGACAGUCCAACGUCAAGUAUGGAAUAUUAAAUAACAGUGAUUUGAUGCAAUUCUUCAGACAGUCUAGAGAUGACCCUUACGAACGUAUGUGGACGUUUAUGAAAAUGUAUGAAGAAAUAUCUCUUCUUCCAACAAGGAAAAUGGGUCUAGAUUAUGUUCAAAAUGGAGUCGGUAAAGAUGAAUACAUAUAUCUAGAUGAUGGCGUUAUAAACAACUACAAUGCGCAGAGGAAUUGUGAGCUGGAGUCUGUUGAAGAGAACUUUGGAGUCAAGCACUUCAGUAUCGGAUUCCCAAAGGGAGCACCAUAUCGCAGCGACAUAAACAGAGCACUCUUAGAGCUUAAAGAGAAUGGAAUCCUUGAUCGUCUUAGAAACAAGUGGUGGAACAGCCAAUCCAACUGUACUGUUAAGACAUCAGUAGCAAGUUCAAAGAUCAAUACAGCAUCAGAACUGGACAUUUCCAACAUGUUUGGCGUAUUUAUUGUUCUAAUUGCGUUUGCCGUUUUGGCUGUGUUAUAUGAGAUUGGCCUGUUCAUCUUCAAAGUCGUCCGAGAGAGAAAAAAGAAAAAGGUUGUUAUAGUUAUUUAGAAAACAGAAGAAUCCGACAUUGAGGAAAAACCUAACGGAAAUAACGUGAAGUUCGGUGAUGCCACUUAUGUUGAUGCCGAUUAAAGGAAGACAAGUUAGAUGAAAUGUAGAUGAUGCUGUAAAAAGUGCUUGUAGAAUACAGAAAAAAAAUGAGAAAGGACAUAGUCUAGAAGAAGGACGGUUUAUAUCCUAUUUUCUCAGAAUGGAUAUUGUAGAAAAACAAUGCUUAAGCUGGAAAUAGAAUUAGAGGAAAUAAAUAUAGACCGCAAAUAUUCAUGUUGUUGUAGAAUUACGAGAAAUGUUAAAUACAACAAGAUGUAGUUGUCGAAACAGAUAAAGAAUUCACGUCUUUUUUUAAGAAGUCUUAACUUUAAAGUAUUAUUUGUACAAAAUUGAUGGAGAAAAGGCGGCUAAAUGUUUAAUUUUUAAUCUGUAUUUAUUCAUAGUUUUUUCUGGUGCAGAAAUAAAUAAAAUUGGUACACGGAAUGAUGGUGUAGUGAAGGCAAAUAGAGAAUACGCAAUUUACAUGCAUUUUGUGCAUAUGUUUUCUAUAUGUUUUCAUAUCUUUUCUGUUGAAGAACCUUUUCUGCUUGUACAAUGGAGUACCGUGUGGUAGAAAUUUUAUUGAUUGCACAUUGAAGUACUGUGCGGUAGAAACUUUUAUCACUUGUUCAUUGAAGUACAUUGCGGUAGGAGGAAAUUAAAAAUCGCUUAUUUGUAUACUUAAUUCUCUGAUUUCUAUGCUGCUGGCGACAUUUAAAUUAAAUUUUAAAGAUUGAUAAUGCUAUGUAGUGUACAGAUUAUUUACUAAGAAUUUUUCUUCUCAAAUAAUCAAAUCUUUUAGGUAACAUUAUAUCUUGCGAGGAGAGAUUUACCAAGCUUUGUGUCAAUUUGAAACAGCAGGUGAAUUUGAAGUAAAUAAGACGGCAACAUAUUUGUUUUCCUAUUUUACUUGCUGUUUCAUCGAACAUUUUUAUUUUCACAGAUAUAUCUAAAAACUACACGCAUGGUUUAAAGUACUGAUCAACAGAUCAAAAUACUGUUUUGCCACACGUACCCUGUCAUUGAAGGUAUAUCUUUGAAGUUAAGAUUGUGAUUUACAAUUUGAGGGGUUACAUUGCCGAUUCGGUGCAUUGGUUAGGGCAGGGUGACGGUAUCAAUUCGGAGUAAAAUUAUAUAUUUACAGAGCAAAUGUUUUCUAUACGUUGCAUAUGAAAAAAUAUAUGGUACUGGGUGAUUACUUUGAGCUUUCACAAAACUUAUCCGUAUAGGACUCAACGUAAAUGAGGACCUCACAUGAUAUUUAAAGCCUUAGUAAUUCGGGUUACUAUGACCUAAGAUAUCACUGGUUAAUUCUUUUCAGCUUGCACAAAACUCAUCAAAAGAAAUGUCCGUUUUUGAUAUUAAUUCGGUUUAAAAGCCGCGAUUGAUUCCUUGAAAAUAAAUAUAAGUAACGAGAACACGUUAAAAUUGUCAACUCAAAAACUUCGAAUUAUACUAAUAUUGAAUUCCGAUAUUUAGAAUGGGGUGUAGAACAUAAUAUGUCUAGCCAACCAAAUGUAUUCGCCAGACUCUUAACGCAGUUCACCGUGAAAUGAAGUUAUCUGAAUAUAAUUAAAUAGUUCUUGAUAAUUUCUUGUACUAAUUUCUUACCUUGCUGUUUUGACUUAGCAAACGUCUACUGUAGUUAGUAUCCAUAUCCGACUUAUUCUAGAAUAAUACUGAAACCCAGCGAAAGAAGCAAAACUACUGCCAGUUUGAUUGUUUUGAUUCAUAUUGGAUCUACUUGAUUUUUUUCGUUUUCACUGUAUGUGAUAGCCACCAUACACUUGUUGCUGUUGUUUACUCGUAGUAAAUGUGCAGUGUAAACGAUCACUUUACUUUGCAGCCUGAUAUCAAUGUAAUAAAGACAUACUUGCCGGACAGACGAACAUUAUGAAAAACAGAUAAAGGGACGUCGUGAUGAUAAGAGUGUUUUCAAUGAAAUAGACAAUGACGUUAUGAUUCCAUACUGCGAUUUUGUAAAAAUAUUUCAUCUAUGCUUUUAAUUGUCAGCUUUAUAUAUAUUCCAGUUACUUAUAUCGGACCACUUUCAGCAUGUUCUUAUAUUUGUUUAUUAAAUAAAUACUUUGAAAUAUUA